UAGACAGCUGGCAGGCGUCGCUGAGCAGCCUCCCUUUUUGACUCGCCUGUGAUUGCAGAACGCCAAAGUUUUCCAAAUUACCGUAUGAUCGCUGUAGUUACGCGUCAGUGUCAUGGCUGCUGUUUGUUUUCUCUCUGUGACAACACCGCGCGGCGACUGUCAUAAAGAAUGGACGGAUGGCAGCCUAGCUUGAGAAAAGUCAAAAAGCCUCACCACGGAUUUAUUUUUUCCAAACCGGGACCCGGAAGCAGAAGUACAGUGGAGUCGAAAGAUUCUCUAUUGACAGUAACAAGAUACCACACUCAAUGCAUUUUGCAUUUAAAACUCGGUUCCUGCCACUGCUGAACCGAAAGUUUCAUCUGCAGUACUGCAUAGUGGUACAAUUUAGGAAACGACCGGAACUCUGUAGCCGAACCAGGAAGGAAUGCAGAGUGCGUAGUCUCUCAAGAGAUAAACGGUCUCUGGUAGAGUUGCGUUCUGUUUGUUUGUAUCUGGAGUUGUGAAAAAAAGAGCUGCGCAUAAAUGGGAAGUUAACCUCGGGAAUGGAAGAUGAACCAAACUGUGUGAAUGUUACCGAGGAAAAAAUGCCGAGUCUUGCUAGCAGCUACGACGGAGACACUGUCAGUAAUGUAUCCGAAGUGUCGGAUGAAGUUGGGACACAAAGCACAGAUUUUGCCCAUGACAACAGAGAGAUGAAAGUUAUAACACCUGACGGGGUUCUGGAGUUUCACAAACACAGGUUGGAAAGGAUGGGUAGUAAAGAAACCAUCGAAAGGGACAGUGUUAUAAAAACAACUGCGGUGGAUAUUUUAAGGAGAAAUUUCGGGACACCCAGGUCUCUUGCUAGUGUUGACAGCAAUACCACGGAGGAACGGAAAGACACUCGGGAUGUAUCGGUGAGCAACGUUACAAGUCAAGAUAAAGAAAAGUGCAUAGCGAGUGAAACGAAGCACUGUAUUCACAGUGGCAAUGAGCAAGUCAACCCAGAACACACGCCAGGAUUAACAGCACCCGAUUUGGAUAAAGUGGAAUUAAGUGACUUGGAGGAAAACCGUGAGACCAAAUCAAGAGGUAGCGACGACACCUGCCAGUCAAAGGAGCAUGUUUACUGCACUGUGUACUGUAUAGCAAACGACAACUAUAGGAGACACGCGGAUAAUUUGGGAGGCCAGGCAGAUCUGGAUGGAGGGGUAAUGACAUCAGACGUCGCAGUCCAACCAGUCGAGGAUUCGCGGCAGCAGGCUGGUUUGGAGCUGGCCCAGUACCAGGAGCCCUUCACCAUCUCCAAUCUGAUCGAUCCCAGAACGCUGAGCAACUUUUACGGCGGGGACUACAACGUGCCCGCCGUCCUAACCUGCCGCAUCUGCCUGGAGGACAAACACAUCAAACCGUUACACUGUUGCAAAAAGGCAGUUUGCGAGGAAUGUCUGAAAAGAUACAUCAGCUCGCAGGUGCGCGUGGGGAAGGUGGACAUCGUGUGUCCCAUCACAGAGUGCAGCGGCUAUCUGGAGGAGAACGUGAUCCUGGCGCAUCUAGCCAGCGAGGAAGUGGCCAAGUAUAAGUACUUCCUGGAGUUGGGCCGGGUGGACUCCAGCACCAAGCCCUGCCCGCAGUGCAGUCUGUUCACCUCUCUGAAGGGCCGGGGCCAGCAGGCGCCCAGCAGGGCCGAGCACAAGUACAAGAUCCAGUGCACAAAGUGCCAGUUUGUGUGGUGCUUCAAGUGCCAUGCACCUUGGCAUGAAGGCCUGAAGUGCAGGGACUACAGGAAGGGGGACAAGCUGCUGAGGCACUGGGCCAGUGUCAUUGAGCAUGGCCAGAGGAAUGCACAGAAAUGCCCCCGGUGCAAGAUCCACAUCCAGAGGACCGAAGGCUGUGAUCACAUGACCUGCACUCAAUGCAACACGAACUUCUGUUACCGGUGCGGGGAGAAGUACAGGCACCUCCGCUUCUUCGGGGACCACACCUCCAACCUGAGUGUCUUCGGCUGUAAAUACCGCUACCUGCCGGAGAAGCCACACCUGCGCAGGCUGGUGCGAGGGUCUGUCUGCGCAAGUAAAGUUUUAGUAGCUCCUCUGGUCAUUGUCCUGGUGGUCGUGUUUGGAGCUGUAGCCCUUGUCAUAGGCCUUGUAGCCUUCCCCGUAUACUACAUCUGCAAGCAGCGGAGGAAGCGCUCUCAGGGGACUGGACGCUGGCUGUGACACGGGGUUUCCUCGGAGGACCGGGGGGGAACCGCACAUACCAAAAUAUCCACUCAGCCCAGGGGGAAACGGGCGAGCCGCUGGGGUAACGCAGGGAUCCUGGGGGUCCUGACGGGGACACGGUCCCUUUACGGUCAGACUCAGCGGUUUCGAGCUUGUGACCGACGCUCACAAAUGGAUUCAGAAUCUCUGAUGUCAUACCCAUGUGACACGCCCACCCCCCAACCACACCCAGCAGGGCUCACUUCACUCUGUUCUGCUGUGCAGGCUGGCAGUGGGCCGGAGUGCCAGGAAGAAGCCUGGUCUUGUUGGUCAGUGGUCUUGUUCUCUGGUGGUCACAUGAAAAACCCUGCCUGUUCAGUAGUUAUUUUUUUCUGUUGAUAAAGGUAAAAACCCCGGAGUUGAUUCCUAAAUGAAUUGAAAGUUGUGAAUCAUAACCAUAUAGACUUUCAGGGGAAAAAGGGUACAGACUGGUAGCAACAACAGGAUGUUUUAUGGAGCGUAACAAUGUUUCCAUACACAAGGGAAAAGGGGUAUUAAAUUAGGGGGCAUCUUCUCCUAAUGGAAAUUCCUUAAACAAAUCUUUGAGAUAUUUCUAAUGAUAGCUUUAUGGUCAUAUUAACCUUUGUGUUUACUAAUGAACCAGGCGAUCCAUGUAUUCAUGCUGUAAGACUAAUCCGUGCCUCAAAAGGCUUCUUUUAGGGGUGAAUGAGCGUAUGAGUGAAGCAUUUAUCUGCUUUUAUGAGGCUUUAGUUAAGCUGGGUGUCUGCUUCUCUCAGUCACUUGACUGCUUUUGUCCAGUCCUGUGCUCUCUGGACCAUAGCAUACAAAUCCUGAUUUCACUAUGAGAAAGGAAAUAAUCACAGAUGAGGGCACCUACCAUCGCCAGACAUCGCUGGUCAAUGAUGUCAUCAUCUGGACGACAUGUUCACAAACAGCAAUUAACUGCCAUAUUUAGCAUUUCCAGGGGUUUUUUAAAUAUUAUUAUCUGUAUCAGUACCUGUCUAUACUCAGGGGAUUGAUAUGCAUCUAUUCUUUAAAAUACGAUGAAAUUUCUUCGGCUUCAUAUUUUCUAGAUGUAAAUGAUUUUGCACAAAGUCGGGAAGGCAUGGGAGGAUGGCCACUCAGAAACAAGGUCUCUGUGUGUGUGCGUGCGUGCUUGCGUGUGUGUGUGUGUGUGUGUGUGUGUGUAUGCACACAUGUGUACGCUUGUGUCUACAGCAGCAGAAUGGUAUCAGAUGGAAACAUGAGAGAAAUAUUACUGUAUUUAUGUGAGAUUCACAUACACACACAUGUUUUCAUUGCAUGUCCAUCUCAGAUGGGUCCAUUUUAAAUCUCAGUUAUUUUCAUCAUAAUUUAAUGAAAACAUUACCCUUUGGCUUUUGCACGCAGAGUGUGGUAACAACAAGGAACCAACCAGGGGCUGAUGAUGGUUGUUUCAUUCUAAACACUGUAGUAAUAUUUAUUG